AUGACCUUCGAUAACAUUGCCAAUUCGCGCUUUCUGACUCGCGCACUCGUACUUCUGGGCUUGUGGCCGGUGAUCACCGUGCACGGAUCGUGGCUUCAACGAAAUUACUGCUUUUAUCAACUGUUCUUACAAAUCACAUUCACAUUUAGCUUUACAUUUCUCAUGUUGCUCGAGGUCAUUUGCAGUGAGAGUCUGGAUCACGCCACUGAAGUGUUAAAAUUCUUACUCACUGAAAUGGCGCUGGUCUUCAAGAUACUCAACACCUGGUAUUAUGCACGUAAAGCAGCAGCAUUUCUGCAUGAAUGGGAGACGGGCGAGAUGUUUGUGCUGCGGUCGAAUGCUGAAAAGAAUAUGUGGGCAAAGAAACAAAGCACUUUCCGUAAAAUAAUGCUGGGCUACAUCUACUGGAGCAUCAGUUCGGCCGUCUGUGCUUUACUUUCGUGUCUGUUCAUAAAUGACCAAGCACUGCCAUUCCCGUACUGGACGCCGAAUCAUUGGCUCGAAGACUACUAUUGGUUGAUGUAUUUUUAUGAGCUCUUAACAAUGCCUUUCACCUGCCUCUGCAAUAUUGAGAUUGAUGUUUUUCAAUGCUAUUUACUGUUACACUUAGCACUUUGCUUGCGUGUGGUUGGCAUGCGCUUGGAGCGUUUGGCUAACGCCGGUGACGAGAAUGCUAUCACUCGGGAGUUUUUGAAAACAAUUAAAAUGCAUCGCCGCAUAAAUGAGUGGAUAAUGUUGAGUGCGCUGAUUAUUUGUUUCAUCAUCUAUCGUAUGCAAAGUGUGCACUUCAGCGACAACCCUACUGAAUAUCUCGCCAUGUUCCAAUAUGUCGUCGCUAUGUCCAUGCAGAUUUUUCUGCCCUGCUAUUAUGCCAACGAAUUGACAGUGCAGUCGCAGAAUUUGAGCAAGUCUCUUUACAACGCCGACUGGACCGGCAUGUCGGCGUACAACAGACGACUCAUGUUGCUUUAUAUGCAGUACUUGAAACUUCCUUUGACUAUGAACAACGCGUAUAGUUUGCUGGCUCUCUUGUUGAACGUCAGUGAUGACAAGGAUAAAAAGUGA